GUAGGCCCGGGACGGGAGGACGGCUCUCUGUCGGAGGAACCAGGCUAAAGGCUAAAGCAGCUCACAGGCUGUAAUCCCCGUAUGAAACCAUCAUGGCUGCCACUCGCUGAGCUGUCAAGCUCCCCACAAAAGAAAAGGAACCUGUGAAACCAUGGAUUCGGUGGAUAUGAGCACAGUUACCUCCACAAGAAGUAAGAAACGGCGCGUCAACAGGAAGAAUAGAGAUCGGCACAAACGGCUCCACCUCAGGAAGACCGCCGUUCAGUCCCCAACUAUGCAGACUGGAGAUAAGCGUGGACCAAAGAAGAUAGCAGAGGAGUGGGAGCAGAGCACGGUGUGGCCUUCAUCAAAGAAGCCCCCCCAGGAAGCACAACAGAGUCAGCAGAGGACAAAUGACAGUGGAAACACACUCAGGUUCACGUGUUCUCAAUGUAGGGACAACUUGGAAUAUGUUCCCAAAGACUUAGUGAGACACUUUGAGGAAAAACACAGAGGGAGCCCACCAGUCUUUCCCUGUCAUAUGUGCACUUUUAGCACCCACGAGCUCUCCUACUUUCAGGUUCAUCUAUUAAGCCACAAGGACACUUUUUCUAGUUGCAUCAUUUGUAAUGACAAUGUUCAGCGCACAUGGCCUGAAUUCAGUGCACACCUGAGUAUGUGUCACUGCCAAAAUGGCAAGUAUUCAUGUGAAAUGUGUCAGAAGUUCUCCACAGGUGACGUCAUAGCGUUUUUAGAUCACACGUAUGUGCACAGUUUGGGCCGGGAAGGAGCGAGUGAUGACCUGUCACUGCACACGAAGUUCAAGAAGAAGUUUGGCCCUGAAGCGACCACUCAGACUGUGCGUUGUCAGCACUGUGGCUACGAGGCAUCUCAGAAACUGUUGAUUGCUAAGCACAUUAAAGCUGUCCAUGUUUGCCCGAAUGGUAAUCAGAGGAAGAAGAAGAAGAAGGAGGUUCAUUCCAUAGCAAUGAAACCAAAUGACCCAAUCCCAAAAAUUAAACCUAGAUUAACAAGAAGUGCAGUUAGGGAAAUGUGUUGGCUGACACCGGACUGCCUUUCUCUGCCGGGGAGAGAAUUCCUGGAUAAAUACUGCCAUCUGUCAGAUCCACAAACAACACUAGAGGAGACGCAACAGUUUUUGAUGAAAUCUGUUUCCGGGGAAGCCGGUGAUCAGAAGUGGACCAAGGCUCUGAAAACCGUUCUGUCAAACGUCCCCCAAGAUAUGAAUCUUCAUCCGAAGUCAGAGAACGGCAUCAUGUCGAACUCCUCGGACCUUACUGUCCUGACAGUCAAGAACAAGAUAACUGUGGCUCAGAACGGCGCCACAUAUGCUAAAAGGCUGAAAAUGAUGACGUCAUCAGAUAAGGAAACUGUUUUCCCAGAAAGUGCUGCUGAUGAUGCCCGUUGUGUCGUCGACCAAAAUGCCUGUCAGUCUAAUUUUAAUGAUCAUACACCCGCCCCACAGACUGAAACCAAACUAAAUAAUGACGUCUCCACGCCAGCCCUGAACGAGCCAUCUGAGUGCACUCAAAUGCAGGAAAACCGAGAGAAUCAGGAAUUAAAAAACGAUGAGGAAAUCGAGGAACAUGGUGAACACCAUGAAGAGCCUAUGCAUGAAGAUGAGAUUAAUAUCUCCAGUGAGCUGAAGUUGACAAAUGAGAGCGAAGAGCAGUCAACCAUUCAUAAAAUUGUACCAAAAAAGAAGAGACGAAAAAGAAAGGCCAGAUCUAAAAAUGCGGAUAAGAGAUCAGCAGGAGUGGCCUUAAAGAUAGUGUUAAAGAAGAAUCCAGUGAAGGAGAAGCAGUGGGUGUCACAAAGCUCUCUGUCCCCAUCAGGAGGUGGUUCGACGGAUGAGUAUUGCAGACUGCCAAGUUCUCAUACAGCAUUAGCGGAGACGGCGCAGAUUCUUCAGAACACUGUGCUAACAGAAGCACAGCAGAAGAAAUGGACCAAAGCUUCCAAGACGGACCUGCACGACCCCUCUGAAGCCAUCACUUCCAUUCCGCAUUCAGAGCCACGCGAAGAACUAACCCCCAGUUGUGCUGCAGAGCCAAUGGGGUCAAAGAAUACGGACGGGAACACACCUGUCAUGCUCGAAGGCGUGCUGUCAAUGCAUGAAGAAAUGCACGGUGAUGCAGAGAAGUCGCUGCCGUUAUUGGAAGCAGAAGUUGACACGAGCGGCUCAGCUAGGCCAGGCCAGUCAUCUUCCAGGGCUGCGGUGGUGACUGAAGUAGAAGCGUGUCCCGAGAAUGCACCGCUCCAAACAUCAGGCGGUGGCAUGGACCGCCAUGUGUCAGGCGAUGGGAUGAAUUCAGCCGCUGACAGAGUGACUCCUCACAGCAGUCGCACCAAGUCUUCCCCUGUUUGCCAACCUGUUAUUACACCACAGGGUAAGAUAAACUCUGAAGAUUUAAGCCUUGCUCUCUCUUCAGAGCAAGUUGUUGAGGGGAUGAGAGGCGGAGAAGUGCCUGCAGACUGCCCAGAUCUCCUCAGCAACACCAACUUACCCGCAGUGAAAGCCAUCCAACAGGAGCCCUCACCAGCCUCUGAGCAUCAGUGGCAGCCGGUCCCAAAAACCCUGGAGAGGACCCUGAAGUUAGUAGCCAUAAGUCCAUCUCAGUUGGUAAAGCGUCCAGCCGGAGACCAGCCUGUUGUGGUGCUAAAUCAUCCGGACGCCGACAUCCCGGAGGUCGCCAGGAUCAUGGAGGUCAUCAACAGGUACAGAGGAGAGGUGCAGAAGGUCAUACUGUCACGGAGAACCGCGAUCGCACUCUCAGCCAUGAACGGUGAGGCCGCUAAGACGAAAGGCCCGACAGAUGCCCAGCCUGACUCUGCAGGGCAUGGUAAAAACUCUGUACAGGAGAGGUUCAUGUUGAAACUGAAACUUCGCAGGCUGAGCAGGAAAAAGUACGAAGUAGUGGGUGCAGUCUCCCCGAGCGGGGACGCUGAGACGAAGUUUCGCUGCUGGUUUUGCGGCAGGGUCUUCGCAAAUCACGAGUCGUGGAUGACCCAUCGGCAGCGACAUCUGAUGGAGUGGAAAAGGCCAAACUGUGAAAACUCUUAAAUGUCUCACACACUGGAUGAAAAAAAAAAAAAAAAACAGUCUGGAAAAAGAUGACUUUGCAAUACAACAUAACAAUAAUGGAAACAGUGAUAGCCAGCCUCCUCAGCUUUUUUAGGUCUUAAUUAUGAUUGGUUGGUUUUGAGGAGAAUCACAUGAUUAUCACGCUUCCUGGAGGGUUCACAUUCUCAGGGUAAUUGAAACAUUUACCUGUUGUCUCUCUCCCAGUUUGAGUAGCUUGAUAUAAACUCUUUGUAGAUUAUUUGUAAAGCCACAAGGACGUGGUGUUGAUAAUUUAGUUCUUUGUAUAGUUUGUAUUUUGUCUAUGCGAUAUAGCUUUAUUUAAGGUGAUUUAAGUACACUGUCAUAUGGAAUCUUUUAUAGAACACUGUAAUAUGUAUAUUUGCCAUACCAUCUGAACUUUAUGAAUCAGUUUAUGUACGGGUAGGCUUUAUAGCGUGGUAGCUAUCAUAUUUAUGUUUCUGGAACGGGAUGCAGAGACCCACAAGUUACUCAGAUAUACCAAAACUGUGUGUUUAACAAAAGGACAAUAAGCUGUUUUAUUCAUCAUUUAUUUAUGACUGUUAGUUUUAGCCUUUAUAUGCUUUUCUGUGUGUGUUCUUGGGCCAUUGGAAGAAUCAGUUUGUUUGUAAAUUUUUUGUAUAAACUCCAAAUUAUGUUCAAAGAUAGUAUUAUCUGGAAGAGGUCUAUUUUCAUGCAUUCAUUCAGUGGAGGCAGAUAUCCCUAAAGACAUGGUUCAUUUAAAAAAGUAAACCUGUGUUUGUGACAUCAGUGACAUAACAGCAAAAUCAUUUUUAAAUCUGGAUUCAAGAGGCCUAAAUGAUUUCAUCAUGUGGUUGUUCCCAAUGAGAUUCCUCUUUUGACUUGAAAUGAUAAUCUUAUCUUUUAAUUGCACUAUGAAAGGAGGAUUUAUAUUUCCUGUUACCUCACCUUAUCAGGCCUAAGCCUUUGACAAUCUCAGCCAGUGUCCUACUGUGGCUAAACAUUUCCUUCUGCAGCCGUGAUCCCUCAGUAUUCUCAGCAAGGGAACAGUGGCUCCUCUGUCUGUCUCUCUGUGUGUGUGUGUGUGUGUGUGUGUGUUCAUGUUAUUCAAGGACCAUUGGACAGAUGCACCUGUCCUGUGUACUGAUAUUGUGCAUGUAUCCCUGUUUCUGGAGCGUGCACUUCAGUGUCACUGUGUAUAUCUACUUUUUUUCAUUUUAGAUAUGAGAUUUAUAAUUGUAUAUAGUCCAGAUAGAGGUACUGUAAAAUAUUACCUGAGAAUUUUCACCAAGUGCCUAGGAGUUUUUGUUAUGCAACAGAUGUGCAUGAGUAUAUAGCAUUACUUGUCGACCACAAAAUAAAUGAACCAGUUUGUCAGUUCCUGGUGCUGUUGUGUGAUGACUGAAGAUGUGAGCUGAGUUAUGCAACACAAGAAAAGAAUUUUAUUAAAACAAAAUAUACAACCUUGUAUUUUUGGCUCCCCAAAGUAUUGCUGUCAUAAACAAAUGUCUACCUGUUUCCUUCAACUGCAGCAACGCUGUGUCUUCCCUUUCAUUCAUUUUAAUUCACUGAUUACUGACGGGGCAUUAAGAAAACAUCUAAAUAAAACACGAGUUAAA